CAGUCGUCGUCGUCAGUGGGUUUGUGCAGCUGCAGCAGUGGGUUAACUUUCUGACGCGCUGCACAGCAGGGAAGCUGACAAUUUCCUCUGCGACUUUGGCGAAUGAGUUAUUCAAAAUUCAGGCGUUUAAAUGUUAUCACGAAUAUUCCGGGGAGAAAAUGAAAACGUCGCCGUCAAGAGAAAACGCCAGAUCGACACGCUGAAAAUUUUUAAUGACAAUGUCUUGGAACUGCAACAAGAUGUUGAAUACCAAGUGCUGUUCAAUGCUGGAGAAAGAUGUAUGGCAAUUAUGGUCUCAUUGUCUCCAGACUUUCCUCUGGAAAAACCAGUGCUCAGAGUUUCACCACCGAUAAAACAUAAAUGGUGUAAUGAACACAGUGAAAUUACUAGUGCACCAGGAUUAUUGAAUUUUACCGUACAUAGUGACCUGGGGCGCGUUGUGCAAGCUAUUAUUAGAGAAUUUAGUAAGAAUCCACCGCAACUUUUAGAAGAUAACUCUGCACUCACAGAUGUAGCUGGUAGAGUAUCACCAUCAUAUGCAUGGAAACCUCAUGAGCUCGCAGCUGCUUCCUAUGCUCCUUUCUACAACACAUCAUUCCAACAGUUUUCUUCAUCAAAUGUUACUCCUAGCAUAUACAAUUAUAAUUACACCAAUGCCAGUAAUACAUACAAUGUCAGUGAUCAGUCAAGACAUAAACCAUAUACUCCUCCAGUAUCGUAUAUGGGAAAUUCUAUAAAUUCUGUACAGUUUGAUACUACAAAUGCUCAACAAUACUCAUCAAGUCCCAGUGUUAAUGCAUAUACAAACUUACAUUAUGUAAAUGCUAAUGUGGGACCGUCUAUACAAAAUCAAGUGCAAUAUAAGGGUAGUAGUAAAGUGCAUUGUUUGGAAUUUCCAGAAUUGGAAAAGAUGACAAAUGAAGAACUUGUGAAAUUAGGGAAGGAUGAAGAUUCGAUGGAUGAGUUUCUUGAAAAGCAUACAAAGCUGAAAGAAAUCGAUUCUGCAAUUGAGGAUGCUAUUGAUUGGGUGGAAAAAACAGCGUCUAUGAACUUGUCAAAAGAACAGCAGCUGGCAGAGCUGCGUGAAGAAGUAGUCGAGAAAAUGGAAACGAUGGAAACUCUGAAGACUCGAUAUGAAAAACUUGUCGAGCGAUAUAACAAGCUUUCGGAGGUGUAUGAUGCCGAACACAUAAGAGACUGUCUCAGUCAAGCAGCCGAUGAAAGCCAAGAGCAAAGCGAAGUGAUAGCCCAGGACUUUCUCGAUCGCAAAAUUGACGUGGAGCGUUUUCUUAGUACAUAUGUCGAGUGUCGAAAGCUCGGUCAAGCCAGGCGAACCAAGGAGGAGAAACUAACACAUCAACUUAACGAAUUGAAGAGAGCCCAUCGUUAAAUGAACAAAUUUCGUU